AUCAACUUUAACAUCACUCCACUCUUCAUUCACAUAACCCUAGCACUCAUGGCAAGAGUCUUCAUGAGCUAUUGUCAUUGCUCAAAAGGAGAGGGGGGCUAUGAGGGCAAGGCGGCUACCGAUCGAUUAUUGCCGAAUCGGCGCCAGAUCAUCAUCCUUGCGAUAGGAAGUGUACGGGGACAAUCUGUCGAUGCAAUUUCAGGGACUCGCGACGGGGAUUUCACCGCUACAGUGACCCUCCAUGGACGAAGCUUUCUCAGCAUGUCCAACCUUCAGCCGCCUGGAACCAGCCAAGGGAUUUCCAAGUGCGGUGCAGAGCUUCCGGCAACCAGGCGCGACGGCUGAAGAGACGCGAAGGGAACAAGCCUUGUGUCCAAUCUGUUCGUCGGAAUUUCUAGGCAACUCCGAUUAGUGGUCAUAGCCAGAAUCCCUGGCCUUUGGAUUGGCAGCUACGGAAUCCCUUCCACUUGCGACAUGGGAGCUCUGUUCACUUAGAACGUGGGAGGCAGAGGUAUUGCAAGAGCAAUCACAUUGAUGAAAGAAAUUGCUGCUAAAACAUUGGCUAUUGAACAGACUUCAGAUAAAGGGCACAUUAAUGUCUUGUUUUCUUAAAUUCAUGUUUAUUAAUAUGUUUGAACUCAUGGUAGGCCAGCUCUCCAUGGCUCCAUGCCUCUAGCUCUCUACUUCCACCUCAUGGUUAGUGGUUCCCACGCCUCUUCAUUCGGAAAUUAGAAGUUUAGAAAUUAGAGCUUAAUUUUUUUAAACCUAAUCGAUAAUUCUUAAAUUCAUUUCUAAUUUUCCAAAUUGCGAUACUCACUGUUGUGGUGUUGUCAAAUACCUAAUUUCCUUUCUAUUAUAGUAUUAUAUUAUACCUCAAGAUAUGCUUGAAUGUGUAAAUCUGUAAAAGUUGAUUGUGGUAGUAUAUUUUGUUGAAUGUUUGGUUCAAUA